AUGAAUUGCCCCUUUUCCAAUGCAGGAAAAGCCUCUGCUCAAAUUGUUCCAGAGACAGACAUAACAGUCACCAAAGGAGAAACCCUCACAUUGACCUGCAAAGUCAACGAAGAAACAAUAAGCAUAAGGUGGAGAAAAGAUGGAGAAACAAUAACAGAAAGAGCAAUUAUAGAUACACGAUUAGAUGAAAAAAAGAGUAAGCUGGCUCUCACUGAAUUUGGGGAAGAGGACAAUGGCGAAUAUUCUUGUGAAGCACGUAACAAGCCAGGAACUGUGGCUCGCUCUGUUGUGACAGUAAAUGUCAAAGGAAAAGCCUCAGCUCUAGUUGUUACAGAGACAAGCACAGCACUCACCAAAGGAGAUGCCCUCAUAUUAACCUGCAAAGUCAACAAAGAAACAAUAAGUAUAAAGUGGAAAAAAGAUGGAGACCCAAUAACAGAAAGAGCAAUUAUAAAUACCCAAUUAGACGAGGGAAAGAGUAAACUGGCUCUUAUUAGUGUUGUGGAAGAGGACAGUGGUGAAUAUUCUUGUGAAGCACGUAACAAGCUAGGAACUGCGGCUCGCUCUGUUGUGACAGUAAAUAUCAAAGAGGCUCCCUCCAGCAGCUCGUCUUCCUCCAGCAGCUCACUGGAGUGGUACUACAUUGGGGGAGCUUUGGCUGCUGUCGUUUUUCUAGUGGCGCUCAUUUCAUACGUUACAAAACGUCGUGAGACAGCCCCACCUGAGGUACCACCCAGGCUGCAUUUGCUAAUUGCCUGGUAUUUCUGCAAGCUUCGAAGGGCAGCCCCACCUGAGGUGCCACCUAGGUUGAAUGAAGGGGAAGAUAAAGUUGAGAUGGAUCAGCUGAACUUAAACACAGAUGGAUGGGAGAUUGCAGUUGACCGCCUGAUCCUUCGCGAGCAUAUUGGCAGAGGGGCAUUUGGUUCAGUGUGGCGAGCGCUACUGGGUCGUUCCCGUGGUAGACCUGGAAAUCGUACAGUUGCUGCCAAGUGCUACUUACCAAUCUCCGGAGAGAAAGGAAGGAAGGCCCUGCUGAGAGAGAUCGAGUUAUUAAAACUCUUUGGAAGGGAGGGCCAUGAAAAUGUUGUUAAGUUCAUUGGUUGUGUUACAGUUGGAGCUCAACCAAUACUUAUCAUGGAGUACCUGUGGCGAGGUGACUUGCUGGGCUAUCUCAGAAAAUCCAGGGGUGUUUUCGACCAAUAUCAUCAUGGAGUCGGAAGGGUCGACCACUUGACAACGUAUGACAUGGUGCUGUUUGCUAAACAGAUCGCACAUGGUAUGACUUUCCUCGCGUCCAGAGGGAUAAUUCAUCGCGAUCUUGCAGCUCGUAACAUCCUUCUUGACGAGCAUCGUGUCUGCAAGUUGACUGACUUUGGGCUCUCUUAUCAGGAUUUCAAAUACGGCCCAGGAAAUGCCAAGAGGGGCUGUAUCCCAAUCAAAUGGACUGCACCCGAGAUUCUCUUUGGACAUGUGGAACAGCUGUCAACCAAAAGCGAUGUGUGGUCCUACGGCAUCGUCCUGUAUGAAAUCUUCACUGUCGGAGGCAUUCCUUACGAAGGAUGGUCUCAGUCCACGACAAUGAAAAAAAUCGAAGAAGGUUAUCGUCUGCCAAAGCCUGAACAUAUCGACGACAGUUUAUACGCGGUGAUGUUAAACUGCUGGAAAUACGAAAGCGCCAGCCGGCCACACUUUGUGAAGCUCUACCAAACAAUGGAUACGUAUAUUAAAACAAAGACAUAUGUAGAUAUCUUUGACGAUGACAAGUAUGAUCAGGAUAAGUACAACUUUGUCGAUGACCGUGGAGCUGUUGCAAACCCAGAAGAUGCAGGAGCGGACGAGCUAGGAGCAGCUGCAGCAAAUCCCAUUGGUGAAGUGGGUGAACACGGUGCUACGGCACAU